AUGGCCUCAGUACUACCAUAUACAGUGCUGUUAGCGACGAUGGGGAUGAAGGAAGUCGAUCAUCUCAUUAUUGUGUGUUGCCAUGCGAUUUAUGCUGGAGGUUCAACCCGUGGAUUAUCAGAAAAUGAGUGGUUUAUCGAGCCUUUUCAGAAAGGGGAGAUACCCACGUUCAUUGAUCACGCCAGAGCUGGACUGAAGAAGCUUUCCGAGGACCCUUGUGCAUUGCUUGUAUUUUCCGGUGGCCCGACCAAAAGACCAAGGACAGAUCUUUGCGAGGGAAGAUCUUACAUGAACCUCGUUCAGGAGAACAACUAUUUCCAGGAUGCAGAAAGCACGUCUAAGAUCGACCCAUCCCGAAUCGUUACAGAGGACUAUGCGACAGACUCCUACCAGAAUGUUCUUUUCUCUAUUCUUCGAUUUAAGUUACACACGGGUAUCUAUCCGCAUCGCGUUACGGUGGUGACCCAUGAAUUCAAGAGAGCAAGAUUCAUGGAAUGUCACUUUCCCGCCGUGGGAUUGCUUCCUCCGGUUGGCGAUAGGCAGUCGGAUAUGGAAUAUGGGAUUUCUGUGGUUGGCAUUGAUCCUCCAGAGGAAGUUACCCCCUUGGAAUCUCUGGUCCGAGGAGAGGCAGGCAGAGGGAUUGGACCCUGGAGACUGGACCUAUACGGCACUGGCGAGGAAUUAGCUGGCAAAAGAGCAGCGAGAGGCUGGAAGUCUGGGAUGGCAACCGAAGUUUUUGUUCAGGUUGGCAUAGAAGAAGCUGUGGAAAAGCUAGGAUAUUGGAAUAGUGGAAUUGGUAACGACUUGUAUCCACAUAUGAACGAGUUACCCUGGUUCUACUGCAAUAAAACGCAAUGA